AUGACCAUCAUAGACUCGUUUUCUCCCAAGCACAAUGUAGUGGUUGGGCGUAACGGGUCAGGAAAGUCGAAUUUCUUCGCCGCCAUCAGAUUUGUUCUAUCGGACGCAUAUACCAAUAUGACAAGAGAGGAGCGCCAAUCACUGAUUCACGAAGGUUCCGGUACUGUUAUGUCCGCUUAUGUGGAGAUUGUUUUUGAUAACACAGAUCGCAGGUUUCCUAUCGACAAGGACGAGGUCGUGAUCAGAAGAACAAUUGGUAUGAAGAAAGAUGAUUACUCGCUAGACUCCAAACUUGCUACCAAGUCUGAUAUUACGAACCUCCUCGAAAGUGCUGGUUUUUCAAAAUCUAAUCCAUAUUAUAUCGUUCCCCAAGGUCGGAUCACUUCUUUAACUAAUGCCAAAGACUCUGAAAGGUUGCAGCUUCUGAAAGAAGUUGCUGGAGCUCGCGUUUUUGAAACGAAACUGAAAGACUCGCUCAAAGAGAUGACAAACACCAAUAAGAAAAGAGAGCAAAUUGAGGAGAUGUUGAGGUACAUUGAGGGUCGUUUGGAAGAUCUCGACCUGGAAAAAAAUGAUCUCAAGGAAUUUGAGAAGCUCAAUAAUAAGAAAAAAUCUCUCGAGUAUAAUCUUUAUGAUAGAGAGUUGACGAAUCUAAAUGACCAGAUUGAAUCUCUGGAGUCAGAUUAUGCAGCUGCUAUUCAGGACACCUCUUCCUUGGUUGAAAAACUAGCUGAGAGGGAGAAACAGGCACAAAGCAUUGAGGCUCAACUCGCAGAGCUUACGGCAGAUUUGAAACUUGUUGAUGUUGACAUUUCUGAGAAUGAUGCCGAAAUUAGAGACGUGCUAACCAGUAUAGGAGACACGAGUGCUCGAUUGAAAGAAGCAGAGGCAGACACUGGUUUUUCAGGAGCUGAUAUUGCUUCUCAGCUGGAGGAACUGAAUGCUCUAAUAUCUCAGAAGGAAGUAGAGCUUGGCAAGUGUCAGCCUGCUCUUAAACAGGCUUUGACGAAAGAGCGCGCUAUCAAAGGCAAGCUGGAUGAGAUGAAGCAACAGCAGCGCUCCCUUCUUUCCAAAAAGGGCCGUUUUUCACAGUUUAAGAGCAAGUUGGAACGAGAUGAAUGGCUCAAAUCAGAAAUCAUUAAUUUGACAAAAUCCCUUGAAUCCAAAAAGGGGGACCUUGCUGUCUACUUGAAAAAUAAGGAAGAAAUAGAGUCCUUGGCGGGGAACCUUGCCUCUGAGUUGAGCAUUGCUAAAAGUGCUGACUCCCUAGAUGCUGAAAUGGAUUCUCUUGACAAAGAGCUGGCGCAAUUGAAGCUCGAAUACAAUCAACUCAUUGACGACAGGAAACAACUUUGGAGAGAAGAAAGCAAGCUUAAUAGUGUUAUCCAGACAUACGAAACUGAAAAAGCCAGAGCGCAGCAAGGAGUCAGUGAAACGAUGGAUCGUUCAAUGGCUUUGGGACUCGAAGGGGUCCAACGGAUAGCUAAAGAUCUUGGUUUGAACGGGGUGUAUGGGACCUUGGGAGAACUCAUAAAUGUCAGCGAAAAAUACAAAACUGCGGUCGAAGUCAUUGGUGGAAAUUCUUUGUUUCAUAUUGUUGUUGAUACCGAUAGAACUGCGACGCUUAUCAUGGAGGAGCUGAUUAGACAAAAAGCAGGGCGAGUGACUUUCAUGCCUCUCAAUAGGUUGAAUCCUAAAACCCCGUCUUAUCCAGAUACAUCAGAAUGCGUUCCGCUUAUUAAGAAGAUUGCAUUUGACGAAUACUUGGAGCCUGCUGUGAAGCAAGUUUUCGGCAAGACAGUUGUCUGCAUCAAUCUGGAGAAAGGCGCUGAAAUCUCACAGGCUUACAAACUCAACACCAUUACUUUAGACGGCGAUAGAUGUGACCGUAAGGGUGUGCUCACAGGAGGAUUCCGAGACCAAACUCGUUCAAGGGUCGACUGUCUUAAGAACUUGACCAAAUGGAAAUCUGAGAUUUUCAGUGCCCGACAGAAGCUUGAACAAGUCAAAAAGCAGAUUGCUGACAAAGAUGCUCGUGUCACCAACGCAAGCGAAGAAUUAGCAAAUAAGCGCAGAGAAUUGGAUGCCAUGUUCACAAAAAAGGAGUCUUACUUGUCCGCCAAAUCAAAACUUUCAAAUGAAAAAAGCAGAUAUGACCAGGAGCUUGGUUCUCUGGAAGGCCGCAUUGAGUCACUACAAACCUCGAUAAAGCUUUCGGAGCAACAGAUCAGUGAAUACCAGAAUGAACUAGAAUCUGAGUUUAAAGAAUCCAAUCUGAGCGACACCGAGUUGCAGCAGCUGAAAGAGCUCGAAGAAAAUAUUUCGAUUGCUGAGCAAGAAUACACUCAGGUCAGUGAACAGCUCAACGAGCUGGAGUUGCGGGCCUCGUCGCUCAUAUCCGAGUUAAAUGGUAGUUUAUACCCUCGGUUGAGGCAGUUGAGUCUGCGGACGUCCAAGUCUCAGGAAAAUGAUGACAUCAAGGUCAAAGAACUUGAAAGCAAACUGCAGAGAUUGGAGGAAACCAAAGAGAAGUUGGAGUCGUCGAAUUCUGAGUUGCUCAGCAAGUCGAAGGAAUUGAAGAAACAGCUUAAGAGCCUGGAGGACCAGCUUCAAAAACUCAAUGAGUCACAAAGGAAUCUCUUGCGGCGACUAGAAAACUAUGGCAAGAGCUCUGAAAAAUCAUUGAGCAGAAAGGUGUUGCUGGGUAACAGGCGCGACGAGAUUAGCCGGAAAAUCAGGGAUUUGGGUGUCUUGCCAGAAGAGGCGUUUACUGCUUACAAAGAUAUAAGCUCAGGUGAAGUUUUGAAUUUAUUGAAUGAGGUCACUGAGAGUUUGAAGCAGUACAGUCAUGUCAAUAAAAAGGCCCUAGAACAGUUCCUUAAUUUUGCCAAACAGCGUGACUCGCUGGUUGCUCGGAAAAAUGAGCUUGAUGAUGCUAAAGAGUCCAUUGAAGACCUUAUUUCGGUUCUUGAGCGCAGAAAGGAUGAUGCCAUCAUCAGAACAUUUAAAGAAGUGAGCAUCGGCUUCACCGAGGUGUUUGAGAAGCUAGUUCCAGCAGGAACCGGUAAGCUGAUCAUCCAGAAAAGGAGUGAAAAGGUUGGUAAAGGCAAGAGGGGUAUCGAACAAGACUCUGAUGAUGAAGAGGACGCUGAAUUGGUGGAUCAAUACGUCGGUAUUUCGAUUUCAGUCUCUUUCAAUUCAAGGGAGGAUGAACAGCAAAGAAUCGAACAGCUUUCUGGCGGACAGAAAUCGCUCUGUGCAAUUGCUCUCAUCCUGGCAAUUCAGAAAUGUGACCCGGCUCCAUUUUACCUGUUUGAUGAGAUUGAUGCAAACUUGGAUGCCCAAUACAGAACUUCUGUCUCGCAGAUCAUUCACGAGCUUUCCCGUAACGCACAAUUCAUAUGCACUACGUUCCGUCCAGAAAUGCUCAAAGUUUGUGACAAGUACUUUGGAGUGAUGUUCAACAACAAAGUGAGUACAGUUAGUGAAAUCGAUCAGGCCGACGCGCUUGGAUUUGUUGAGGGUCAACAACGUCGCUAG